AUGGCUACCAAUCCUGCUCCGCCGCCUCCCGUGGCGCUGCGCGGCCUCAACUUCGCGUUCGCCAAGGUGACGAUCGGCGGCCAUCUCGUCAACCGCCUGCAGUAUGACCCUGUCACGGGCGCCCCCAUCGGAGACGACGACCGCGUCCUGCGUGACGUGAACCUGACGCUGCAGCCCGGACAGCGGGUGCUGGUCGUGGGCGGCAACGGCGCCGGCAAGAGCACGCUGCUGAGCAUCCUGGCGGGCAAACACUUGACGGCGGACGACACGGCGCUCAUCUUUGGCCGCGACAGCUUCCGGGACACGACGCUGAACGCCCUGAGGACGUUCGUGAGCGCCGACUGGGGCCAGCGAGCGGUGGCCUUCGCGUCGCACGCCAUGGCGUACUCGGCCGACAUGGCCGUGGAGGAGAUGAUGGUGCAGCUGCAGAGCGAGCACCCGGAGAGACGCGCCAAGCUGCUGAAGGUGCUGCGCAUCGACCCCAAGUGGCGCCUCCACCGCCUCUCGGACGGCCAGAGACGCCGCGUCCAGCUCUUCCUGGCGCUGCUGAGACCGUCCCAGCUCAUCGUGCUGGACGAGGUGCUGGGCAUGCUCGACAUCAUCUCGCGCGAGAACGUGCUGGCCUUCCUGAAGGAGGAGACGGAGGUGAGGCAGGCCACGGUGCUGCUGGCCACGCACAUCUUCGACGGCACGGACGUCUGGGCGUCCCACGUGGUGUACGUGCGUCGUGGCAGUGUCGGUUUCUUCGGGCCUAUUGAGCAGUGCACGGACGGGCACAAGGUCCCGAUGUACAAGGCGGUGGAGAACUGGCUGCGGCAGGAGCUGGCCGAGGACGACCGGAUUGAGAGAGAGGCGGUGGGCACCGGAGGGGAGUUUGAUCUGGCCAACGCCCAGAACCGCGCUGGCGGAUACGCGGCCGGACGACUGGGAGGCGUAGACAUUGGCAGUAUUUGA